AUGGAGGCGCUGCCUGAGCUCUACGCCAUCUUCCAGGGCGAGGUUGCUACAGUGACAGAAUAUGGGGCAUUUAUAAAAAUCCCAGGCUGCAGGAAACAAGGCCUUGUUCAUAAGACCCACAUGUCCUCCUGCCGUGUGGAUAAACCCUCAGAGAUAGUAGAUGUUGGAGACAAAGUAUGGGUGAAGCUUAUUGGAAAAGAGAUGAAAGAUGACAAACUGAAGCUUUCCCUCUCCAUGAAGGUUGUUAACCAAGGCACAGGAAAAGACCUCGAUCCAAACAAUGUUUCCCUUGAUCAGGAUGAGAGGAAAAAACGCAUGUUCAGAGACUACACGAGUCAGAAGAUCACACUUGAAGCUGUCUUGAACACUGUGUGCAAGAAAUGCGGUUGCAAAGGUCAUUUUGCCAAGGAGUGUUUUGUGCAGCCUGGAGGUACCAAAUAUAGCCUCAUCCCAGAAGAUGAAGAAGAGGAGGUGGCGGCAGCAGGAUAUGAAAGAGAUAAAAAGACCAGCAUGGCUGAUGAUUCUUCAAAGAAAAGGAAAAAGGAGAAGAAGAAGAAAAAGAAGCACAAGAAUAAGCAGUCCUCUGAGUCGGAUUCGGACAGCUCGGACUCGGACAGUGAUGGGGCUCAGCCAGCCAGCAAGAGGACCAAGCAUUCAGGGAAGCCCAGCAAGGCUCAGAAGAAGAAGAAGAAAAAGAAGCAUAAGAAGAAGCCCCGGGAUUGA